AUUUGAGGCCGUCGUUGUCAGGCGCCGAUGGAUUUGAACCAGGAACAGCUCGUCCAUGAGGUCGAGCGCAAGUACAUGGCCGCGGCCGAGACGAUCCGUGUGACAAAGGCGCGCAUCGAAGCCCUCGAAGCCGAGCUCGAAGCCAAGCGCGGCGAAAUCGCAACGCACAAGGCCUCCGUCGACGCAUUGGAGGCGAUCAAGCAACAAGGCGACGCUGACCUUGCGCAGGCGGCGCGCGAGAAGGCUCAGCUCGACGCCCAGCUCAAAAGCGUCACGAGUCUUGCGGACCAGCGCUUGGAAGAGAUCCACGCCGAGCGUGGCCGCAUCGCGGAUCAGGCAAAACAGCUUGUGGCCCUCCAAACGAGCGAAACAAAGGCGCUCCAGGCACACGCGCGCCUCGAAGCUCAGCUAGCCCCGCUACAGCUCGAAGUCUCGCGCCUCCGGAAGGAAGUCGCUGCCGAGAAGGCCCACCUUGAAGAGGCCCAGUCGCAGCUCGUCGAGAAAAGCCGGGCCUUUACAGAGUAUCGCCUGGAGGCGCACAAGAAGAUCAGCGACAUUGAACACCAGUGUAUCUCGGCAAAGGAUGACGCUGCGGACUUGCGCCUCCAGGUCUCUCGGCUCCAAGAAGAAAAGCAGGCGCUCCGUGACGAACUCAAGGUCGAGCGCGAGAGCAACCUCGAGAUCCAGACGGAGCACGAACGAGUCGUCGGGCACCUCGAGAAAGAGCUGGCAGCGCAGCACCGUCUGACUGACUUGUACAAGGAUGCGUCGCAGACAGCGUCGUCCAAGGUUGACCACCUUCAAGCGCUUUGUGAGUCGCUCCAGACGUCGUUGAAGGAGGCAGAAGACGCGCUUGCUGAGGAAAGCAGCAAAGUCCGCGAGGAGUCGCAACAGGCGACGAUGCAUCUCUUCAAGGAGCAAAUGCAAGUGUCGGAGGCGAAGAUCGACGAACUCGAAAACGCUGUCGCCAAGGCGCAUGCCCGCGUUGCGGAGCUCGAAGCCGCGAACGCCGCUGCCGCCCGCCGCAUCUCGACGAUCGCCGAGUUUUCGACGACAGCCGGUGAGCUGCACCUGGCCGAGAAUGGUCUCAGCGCUUCCGACAUGUACGACCGCAUCGUGCAACUGGACGCGACCGUCGAAGCCGAGCGCGCGGCCAAGGAAAAGCUCGAAGUCUACCUCCAGCGCGUCUUGUCGGAGAUCCAGGCCAAGGCGCCGUACCUCGAGCGCCUCAAAAAGGAAAACGCCCGCGCGCUCGCGAGCCACGACGCACUGAGCGACCGGCUCGAGUCGGUCACGAACGAGCUUGGAAAGGCACGCGACCACCUCCGGGUGGUGCAAAAGGACAAGGAGGGCGUCGAGAGCGAGCGCGAUGCGCUGCAGCAGUCAGUGACGGACCUCUCGCGCCAGAUCCAGACGCUGCUGUACGCGUCCGUGAAGGGUCCGUCCGCGCCGCUCUCGGACGAAACUCUCGUCGUUUACCGCAACAUUGAAGAGCUGCAAGUGCGCAAUCAGCAGCUCCUCAAGAUCGUGCGCGACCUCUCGGAGAAGACUACCAAGCAGUCGUCGUCGGUCGUCGUCACGGUCGAGUCGGACGAAGACCUCGUGCCAUGGAGCCAGGCACAGUGGGAGACGGUGCACGCCGAGCUAGCGACGCUUCGCGAAGAGCGCGCCCGCGAGCAAGAAAUGGUGAGCGCGAUCGUCAAGCAGCGCGACAUGUACCGCGUCUUGCUCUCGCAAGCUGACGCGCGCUACCAAGAGCAGCCCGCGAUCGAAGCCGCGUCGUCGAAGGAGCGACCGGCCAUGGACCUCGGGUCCCACGACGCGCGCCUCCUUCGCGAGCUCCGCGCCGAAUUUGAGGAGUACAAGAAGGAGAAGCAAGCGCUCGUGACGUCGCUCCGGGCCGCGAUCGACACGCUCCGCGGCGACGUCUCGAAGGCCAAGGUCGCUGCCAUGGAAGCCAGCGUCGAAGCCAAGGCCAACCAAGACAAGUUUGUGCUUGCGGACGCGCGCAAGGCCGAGGCCGAAACGGACGUCGCACGCUUCCGUGCUAAGUACGAGCAGUGCAGCAGCCUCCUCCUCCAGCACCAGGCGACGAUCGCCGAACUUAGCGCUGACGUGGACACCAAGGCCGACGCACUCCUGCAGGCGGAGCGCAACUUCCGUGACGCUGAUGCCGAGCGCACGUACCUUCGUCGUCAGGAAGAGCGCUUGACGCUCGAAAUCACGCAGCUGCGCCUUGACAGCACCAACCAGCUCAAGCUCAUGGACGCUGUGCGCCGGAUCGAGUCGUUCCAGACAGACCGCAACGCUGCUGAGCUCGAGCGCGUCACGGCGCUGGCGUCGUCGCUCGAGACCAAGGUUGCCGAGCGGCAGAAAGCCCUCGACGAUGCCAAUGCGCUCUCGAGUGCGCACAUUGCGGAGCUCCAGCUCGAGCUCAAGGCUGCGCGCAAGGGCUGGGAAGCCGACAAGUCGCAGCUGGGCUCGGUUCGUGAAGCCCGGGUCGCACUUGAUGAGCAAGUGCGAGCCCUCCAGGUGCAAGUUGCGUCCAAGAACGAAGAGGUGAUUUCGCUGCGUGCGACGCUGGCUAAGGGCGCGGGUGUUGCGGCGGCCGAGCGUGUCGCAGGCCUCGAAACGGCGCUGGAGGACGCUAAGCGCGAGCUUCACGCGGCACUGACGGCGAAGCAAACGGCCGAGACGCACGCGGAUCAAUACAAGGUCAUUGCCGACGCCCACGAAAAGUCGCUUGCUGCGCUCUCGGCCUCGAGCGCCAAGUGGAAGGAAGAGCAGUCAGCGGCGCUGGCCGCGGCUCUUGUGGCGCGCGACAAGGCAGCCGAAGAGAUGGCCUCACUUCAAAAGUCGAUGCUUGCCAAUGCGGCCGAAGAAAACAAGCUCCGGCGCGAAAUGGACGCAUGGGACGCGGCCAAGCGACUCGACAUGCAGAAGGCCGAAGAACGCGCACUUCUGGCCGAGAAGGCGAGCGAGGCCAUCAAGAAAGACGUCGUUGCGCUUCAAGAGCGCCUCUCCAACGCCGAGGAGGACCUUCAACGCACGCGCGACGACUACGCCCGCGAGCUGCAGAAGCACCUAGCAGCCGUCGUGAGCUGCAACGACCUUCGACGCGAAGUGGACGAUGCGCGUCGCGUCGCAAAGGAACAGCAAGUCGCUACCAGCAGCCUCCAGGCGACACUCGAUACAAUCGAAGCCCGACACACGUCGGCCAUCGCGCAGCUUCAGGCUGCCGUCGACGACGCUGUCGCUGCCAAGACUGCGCUCUCGGAGCAAAACCAAUUGCUGCACUCCCAGCUUGAGGUGCUCACGCAGGACAUUGCGCGCGAGCACAACGCGGCUAUCUCGUCGUCUGCUUCCAGUGAAGCGGCGGACGAGAAGCAGCUGCGAGACCUCCGCGGUGUCGUCACGUACCUCCGCCGAGAGCACUCGAUCGCCGAGUCCAAGGCCGAAAUUGCGCAGCAGGAGACGCUGCGCUUCCAGAGCAAGGUUCGUGCGCUCGAGAAGACGGUUGAGAAGCUCAAGGCCGAGCAAGAUGCGGCGCUCAAGCUCCAAGCGACGGCGCUCACGACGACAGAAGACCAAGGAAAGCGCACGGCGAUGCUCGACCAGUUGAGUUUGCUCCGGGAGAGCAACGCGACGCUCCGCGCCGAGAUGCAGGCUGCACUGCACAAGGUCAAGGAAAAGAGACGGCGAUCGCGGGUUUGGAAGCCAAGGUGGGCCCCCUCCAGAAGAGCGAGAACCUCUUGAAGGGCCAGAUCCAGAACCUCAACGAGGACAUCGAGAGUCUGAACCAAGCCAACAAGCGCUGGAAGACGCGCGUCGACCAACUCAUCGAAAAGUAUCAGCAGAUCGACCCCGAGGAGCACGAGAAGGUCUGUGCGGAGCGCAAUUCGCUCAAGUCACAGGUUGAAGCGCUCGAAAAGUCGGCGGCCGACGCGACGGCUGAGCUCGCCAAGGUCCAGCCGCUCACGGCGGAGCUCGAGGCUCGCAAAAACUUUGUCGAGGAGCGCUGCCAGAAGCUGCAAUCGUUUGUGAAGAACUGGAAGGAGCGCGCGGUCAAGAGUGAGGCACGAACAGCAGAGCUCGAGGCCGUCGUCUCGACACUGGAAGCCAAGGCGGUCGAGAGCGACGCUGCCAAGGGCCUCGAAGACAAGAUCAAGGCUGCUGAAGGCGAGGCUAAGAAGGCCCAGGACGCCGAGGCAGAUGCCAAGAAGGCACUGGACGCUGAAGCCGACAAGAACGACAAGCUCAAGCUCCUCAACUCGAAGCUCAUGGCUAAGGUCAAGGCCUCGGCCGCUGAGAUCGUACAGCUCCAGGAAAAGUUGAGCGCAUCGACGCCAGCUGUUGAGACCCCUGUCGAAGAGACGCCGACACCCGAAGUAGCGGUUGUCGAUCCGCCGCUCCCACCCCAACCUGAGACAACGCUGGCUCAAGUCGUGGUCAAGCCAGUGGCGCCGACGCUCGCCGCUGCACCUGCGCUGGUUGUGACAAAACCGUUUGUGGUCCCUACUCCAGUUGCGCCGGUGCCUGCUGCCCAAAAGCCCGUGGUAACAGUAGCUACUGCGGCGCCGGUCGUCGCUGUGUCCCCACCGCUCCCCGCCGAGGCCAAGCCUGGUCUUGCGUCGCCUCCAUUGCCGACGGAACCCAAGUCGGUCGUCGCUAUGUCUCCUCCGUUGCCGAAUGAGCCAAAGCCCGUCGAGGCUGAUGCAUCAGCGACUGAAGAAGCAGAUGCUUCCUCGUCCUUGCGCGAGAUGGCACUGAAGUCUCUCCUGAAAAAAUCCAAGAUGGCAGCCCAGCAGAAGACACCUGCAUCGCCCGCAAAGCCAACGGUCGUGAUUCCGGCGCCGACAGCGCUGAACCCAGCAGCCCCGGUCUUCAGCCUCACCACCUCCGAAACGGCCGCUGCACCAUUUGCUGCUCCGUUUGCGACCGCGCCAAUGACGCCGCUGAAGCUCGACGCACCAACGCCUGCAACAACGUCGACCCCGAAGGGCAACCCGUUCCUCAACUUGAUGCCGCCAACGGCCUUUGGGUCGAGUGGGCCAACGGGCCUCGUCUUUGGUGGCAACUCGAAGAUCACAUUGCCCGUGCCAACGCUCCCCGCAGACGCAGCGGCGGAAGCACCGGCCGAGACGGAGGAGCAGCGGCUGCAGCAACGCCUCAUGCGUUUCAAGCGCGUGGCGACGAGUGCGAUCGAGAACGAACCGCCGACCAAGAAGGUUGCGACGACCGACGAGGCCGUUGACGCCGACGAAGAAGAAACGAAGGCGGCGCCGUCCGAGCCCUAGUAUACGAGACUUUACAAUGCUUCAUAUUUCGUGCAUUCAAACCA